AUGGCGUCCGUGGUUGCACAAAAGGGUGUUAAAGCAGAGGGCGAGGACGAGGUCGUUGAAGUGAAGUCAGAGUCAGAGGGUGAAGACAAGGUCGUUCGAGCAGAGGCAGACGUCGUUCGAGGGCGGGUCGUGCGUGCGGUGGUUUUGCCGUGCGGGGCGAAAGGCAACUUCAAAGGCGAGGUCUACGAGUUUGCCGAGCCUGUGCAAGCCGAAGACGGGCUGUCGACACCGGGUUUUUUCUUCUGGUUGUUUCGGUGGCUGGUCGAUUUCCUUGGUGGAAAUCAGAUCCCCAACUUCGGGGGGCGAUCGCGAGCCACUCUGCUUGGCCGAACGGCCAGCCUGUUGGCCGAUGGUCUUUCAUCGCGACAGGCCAAAGUGCCGAUCGCAGAGCAGCACUUGACGGUGUCGAGCAUCAUGUCACGGCUGUCUGGAGCGAAAAGAAAGUCCGGAGGCAGGGUUGAUGACGAGGACGUUGAGAUGGAGGUCAAGGACGACGACGAGGAGCUGGAGGCGGUGGACGUUCCUGGAGACUCCGUCGACGAGGCAAAGGCUCCCCGGUUGAGGGGCGACUUUGCUUUGUCGUCGUUCGCGAUGUUGGUCUGGAUGUCAAAGCUCAUGGUCUCGGGGCCUCGGGCCGGCUCCCGAUGGAUGCUGGACUCUGCGGAACUGAAAGGUCGCUGCCGGGCCUUUCUCCAAGGUCUUUCGGACACGUUUUGGCAGAACGUCCAGGGCGACGUGUUUCAGGUCGUGCGGGGCGAGCUGGCCGUGGAUGUUCUGACGGCCGCCGAAGGCAAGCUGGCCGCCAAGAUCUUCAACAAGAAGAAGACGGUGUCGGUCGUGGCGGCCAUGGCCACCCUGCAGGGGGACGUCUCUCGUCGUUCGCUCUCGGCGGAUCGCAGACGGCUCGCGGAGAAGCUCUUCAGCCGUCUGCUGCAGUCGCUGGCGAAGGCCAUCGACGACUCUCGCGGCCAGGACAUCUGGACGGCCAGCAAAGUGGAGACGGCCCGGGGCUACCGGAAGGUGUCGCACGGAUGCCAAGAGGCCGUGCUCGAAGCUGGGCGGUCGGCAGGACCUUCGGUGGCGGCAGCCUUGGCAGCACAGGGCCACUUCAGUGGCAAGGCUGCGGCGGCUGGCGGCAAGGAGGUUCGACGAAACAAAGAGAGACCAGGCAAGUUUCUGGAGGCCGAGCGUCUCUCUUACGUGGCAGCUGGCAGGGCCUCUUUUGCUCAGACGACCGUGCUGAGUGUGGUGGCCGAUGCGGUGCACGUCGGAACAGAAGAUUGGCUCAACGUCUUCGUGUGUGACCCCGGGCAGAACUUGUCGUUCGUCUGCCCGCCGCAGGCCGUGAGGGUUCAGAAGGGGACGGUCGUCACCAAGGAGGAGUGGGUGGACUUGUGGCAGGGCCGUCUCACGAGCUUCUUCAAGGCCGGCGGAGGCAGAGGGCGGGGUCGUGCGGCAAACAGAGAAACGGGAGGCACGAAGCAGCCUGAAAGGCUUGCCACCCAGGACUGGUUGAGGGACGUGUCCCACAGUCUCGGGGCGAUCGGCUGGGGCUGGUCGUCCUGUGGUCGUUCGGAGACCGCAGCAGCGGGAGCAAGGCCUGCCGCUCGAAAAAAGAAGGAGAAGCAGGCCGAGAAGUUUGCCAAGGAAAGGGCAGCCGCCAUCGCAAGACACUACGACGACGUCGACGAGAACGUGGACGAAGUGGUGAAGGCGAGCCAGCCGGUCGCCGUUCGGGUCUACAGGGACGACCGGAACGGGCGAUGGAAGCUGAGUUACUCCACUGUCUGGGCUUACUCGUCUCGCAGCAUCUCCUGGACUGCCGUCGGAAGUAAGCAAGCUGGAGCUGAGGCCGUCCGCCAAGGGUGGAAGUGGGCGGAGGUCUUCGAAGGCCUAGAGAUGCCCGAGGAAGCCGGCAAGAUCCUGAAGAAGCUGGAGGCCUGA